AUGGACGUUGGCGCCUCCGAGAGCCGCUCCGGAAACAAAUCCGGAGACCGAUCUAUGAGGAUGAAGAGAUACAUCUCCGAGUGCCUGAUGCGAGCCAUGGAAAUUGACCGCGUCCGUGCCUUGCGCAUGAUCAACUCCUAUCGAUCUAAGUGGCUCGAUGUGAUGGAGAGCCGAGACGUCAAUGAGAUGGAGACUCUCGACGAGUAUCUGGUCUUCAGAAACCUCAACGGAGGUAUGGAGGCCUUCUGGAGCAUGGUGACGUUUGGUAUGGCAGUCGACAUAUCGGCAGCGGAUAUGAACCAGCUUCGUCCCAUGUUCCAAGCGGCGGAGUCGGCUCUUGUCCUGACGAACGACUACUGGAGCUGGGAUCGUGAGUGGCGGCACGCUCAGCGAACUCAAAACCCCAGAAUCGUCAACGCCAUCCACCUGUUCAUGCGAGCCAAAGGCAUGUCGCUUGAAGAAGCGAGGGAAACAGUACGGCAGCGGAUUCUAGCUUACGAGGCCGAUUAUCUGAGAGCCAAGGAGGAGUUCUAUAAACUGAAUCCUCACAUUCCGUUGCAUGUGAAGAGAUACAUCGAGGUUUGUGGGGUCAUCGUUGCCGGCAACCACUAUUGCGAUGAAAGCACCUCCUUAGCCGAGUACGCUUCUGAGGAGGGUGUGGAAACGACAUCGGGACCAUGCAGCUCCAGCUAUGCUUCCCCUAAGUCAUCCUCCGUAAUGACCCCGUCGCUCUCUGAGACUUUCGGAUUCAUGAUGGUUCAUGACGAAAAACCAGCAAGAGCGAGCGACAGAGCUCUCCUUGCCCCGUGCGACUACAUUCGCUCAAUGCCAUCCAAGGGCUUACGUUCUUUGAUGGUCGAGGCCCUCGAUCAAUGGUUACUCGUCGACGACAGUUCGCUUGAACAGAUAAAAGCCAUCAUCGACUUGCUCCACAAUUCGUCUCUCAUACUCGAUGACAUCGAAGAUAACUCGGCUCUCCGAAGAGGCUUCCCUGCAACCCACAUGGUCUUCGGGCAGGCGCAGUCGAUCAACGCCGCCAAUUUCAUGUUCGUCCGCGCCGUUCAGCUCACUCAAACUCUGGAGAGCCCCGAGUGUCUUGAAACCCUGCUCGAUGAGCUCGAGUGUCUGUUCACGGGCCAAAGCUGGGACCUCUACUGGAAGUUCCAUCUUCAGGUCCCGACGGAGGAGGAGUAUUUUGAGAUGAUCGACAGCAAGACCGGCGCGAUGUUUCGUCUCCUUGCGCGGCUCAUGUAUCAAAAGAGUCACGUCAUCGCCGCCAGCAACAGCCAUCGCACAAUCUCCCCAUGCGAGACGUUGCGUCUUUUGGACAAGAUGUGUCGCCUUUUCGGUCGGUUUUUCCAGAUCAGGGAUGACUUUAUGAAUCUGAACUCCACCGAAUAUUCCGACCAGAAAGGAUUUUGCGAAGACUUGGAUGAGGGGAAAAUGUCAUACCCUCUCAUCAUGGUCAUGAGACAGAAUCCUGAACGAAAGGAUCAGAUCAUCGGAAUAUUCAGGCAACAGGCUGCAAAUUCAUCCAGAGCAAACAUGACCGAGCCAGCGCGUCUAUCAUAUGAGACAAAGCGGUUCAUUCUGGGUAUCAUCAAGAAAUCCAAAGUCAUGCAUCAGACUCUUGAAAAGAUACGGGAGCUGGAAUCCGCCGCUGAAGACUCGAUUGGUGAGUUGGAAGGGGCGUUCGGUGAGACCAAUCCGGUCAUGCGUAUUCUACUCGGGAGACUUAGUGUGCGAGAUGUUGUUCUCACCUAA